AUUUUAUCACUGAUUUAUAUAUUUGAGUCUAUUUGUACUGCUGCAGUGAAAAAUGCCAACAAAAUGUUGUUAUCAAUUGUAUAAUGAUGAUAAAGAUAUUCUGAUUCUUAUUCUGAUUUAAAAUAUUAAAAUACAUUAGAACUGAUGUUAGAGUAACUGUGAUUGGUAGAGGUGGUCAGCUUUUUGUUUAUGUCUGUCAUAGAUGAAGUUUGACCAAGAGGGAAAUGUCACAUCAUUUGAUAAGAAGAAAACAGAGCUUUGCCAGGAGCUCAGCCUUCAGGCCAGAGACCUUCGCUUUCAGCACAGCACCAGCCUCGCAACCAGAAACAACUGCAUCAUCAUACGGAUGGAGUCUUUUAAAGCCAUCUUGACCCCGCAGUCCCUUUUGGUGUUGGAUUUUCGUGGUUUUGGAUUGGAGCGUUGGUUGGUGCUGGAGCUUGCCCCUCAACUAGCAUCACAGUCACACUCUCUGCCCUUUGAGUUCAGAGCACUGGAGGCCAUCUUGCAGCACAAGGUAAACACUCUACAAGCCCAGCUGAAUGAUGUCGAACCAGUAUUGUUGGACACAUUGGAGUCACUGGUGGAUCCUAAAAUCCUUUCAGUUGAUAGAAGUAAACUGCAUGUUCUGCUGCAAAACAGCAAGAGUUUAUCAGAGUUGGAGACAGACAUAAAGGUCUUUAAGGAUACCUUGCUGAAGAUUUUGGAUGAAGAGGAGAUCAUUGAAGAACUGUGUUUGACAAAGUGGACAGACCCGAGAGUUUUUGAGGAGAGCAGUUUGGGUAUUGACCACGCGGAGGAGAUGGAACUCUUGUUGGAAAAUUACUAUAUGCAGGCUGAGGAGCUGGCCAACAAGACCAGAGAGCUGAAAGGGCUGAUAGACGAUUCUGAGAGUGUUGUCUUCAUCAAUCUGGACAGCCAUCGUAACGUGAUGAUGCGCCUGAAUCUGCAGCUGGCGAUGGGAUCCUUCUCCCUUUCCCUAUUUGGUCUGAUAGGGGUCGCUUUUGGAAUGAAUUUGGAAUCUUCCUUCGAAGAAGACCCUCGUGUCUUUUGGCUGGUUACCGGAUUCAUGUUCUUGGGCAGCGGGCUGAUAUGGAGACGACUGCUGUCGUUUCUAGGGCGACACCUAAUGCCUUCAGUACCUCCUUUAAUCCCUCAGGUUUGGAAGAGAAAUAUGAAAGCAUCAGACAUAAAGGCAGGAAUCAGAUGACUUUCUACCUCCACCCUGUAAAAUUCCACAGACCUCCUACAGACUAUUCAGCUUUAAAGACGAUUGUUUUACAGCCCUGGACAUCCUGAGUUUUCAGCAAAGGCUGGACAUUUUAAGGUAGUAACGCACUUACUUUGCAAUGCCGAGAGUAGAGGUUGAGACUGCAUUUAAAUCUGUCUGGAGACUCCAAUGUUUUUGUGUGUGCUUCUGUUCCCAUCAUUUCUUGCACUAUUUAGUGGAUAUUUCAGAAAGUGAUUAAAUGUCUUCAUAUCCAAUCAUAUCAGUAUUACUCGGCCAUGAGUGGUUUCCUAUCAGUGCGUGGUAAAGUGGCCGCAUUGGAAAUGAAAAAGAUAACAAUACAACUAACAUCAAAAACAGGUUACAUUAUUGUCUGUCAUUUAAUAGGUGAGAAAAAAAUGUGUUUUGAAGUCCUUUGAAGUAAUAUGAAUCAAUGAAGUUGUAAAGUCUAUUGUCAAGGUUUAUAAAGUGUUAUUUCCUCUGUGCUUGGCAUUUAAGAAUUUGUGUGCAAACAUGUCAUAUCCGUCAGAAAAUAAAGAGUUCCAGCAACAUUUACUCCAAGUAAAAAGCAGGAAUUGAUCAGAUAAUUUUCUGAUGUGAUGGCAGAUAUGUAACAGGAAGUGAGGAAUCACCUGUAGAUCAAGAUUUAUUUUCAGGUGUCAAAAGCCUAACAUGAUGGAAAGCCUUAUAUUACCGUUUAUUAGUUAAAGUCCGGCCAAAUGCUUCCCCUUUUGACUGUUGUAUCCCCUUAUCAUAUUUCAUGCCUCUUAAAAAAUAUUCAGUGCU